AUGCAAGAAGUGACCGCUCUUUUUGUGAAGACUCAACCGGGUUCUUACAUGCGUUUACGCUCUCUUUACCCGUCAAUCCCGCGAUGCUCCCGGACCCGGACUUCUCUACGCUCUUUUUCCAACGACUCUCAUUCACGUUCGUCAACCGAUACCUUCUUCCCGUCCGGUAACCAUGAUACCUUAAGAAGAAGCUCCAAUCCUUCCAGCCAUGGACUCUGGACGCCGUCGCAAUCUACAGCUUCAUUCUCUACCUCCUCUUCGCUCUCGGAGCCAGCAGAUUGGGACGAGAAUCCAAAUCUUUCAAUCUCUACCUUUUCAGAAUUACCGUCCAAAGACUUUGGCGUCAAUCAGCAUAUGAUCAUUAAUCAAGAAUUCAAAGAAGCCCUGCGUCAGAUUCUGUGGCAGUUCCGCGCUCCGAUCCGAUAUGCUUUCGCCUACGGUUCCGGCGUCUUCCCUCAGUCCGGCAGUACAACGGGGUCCAGUCAAUGCCACCCAUCGGCCCCGGCUGCAAUUCAGAAAAUGCAGCAAGGCAAGGGCAAGAUGAUUGAUUUUAUCUUUGGGGUAUCAUAUAGUCAGCAUUGGCACGCACUGAACCUAAGUCAACACCGUGACCAUUACUCCGCCUUGGGGUCUACUGGGUCUUACCUAGUUUCACAGGUACAAGACGGAUUCGGAGCAGGUGUAUACUUCAAUCCUUACGUGACUGUUAAUGGCACGUUAAUCAAAUACGGAGUCGUGAACCUGGAUACCCUGUGUAGGGAUCUCAGUCAAUGGGACACGUUGUAUCUCGCCGGACGGUUACAGAAACCAGUGAAGAUCCUGCGCGACCACCCCAGAGUACGCUUAGCCAACCAGAUUAACCUCCUGUCUGCGGUCCGGGUAGCACUGCUGCUAUUGCCAGCCGAGUUCAGCGAAUUCGAGCUGUACACCACUAUCGCGGGAAUCAGCUAUAUGGGAGAUCUCCGCAUGUCACUGCCGGCGGAGGACCCCCGGAAAGUGCGGAAUAUCGUCUCCGGCCAAAUGGCGCACUUCCGGCGGCUAUAUGCACCUCUCAUUGAGAAUCUUCCCAACGUCACGUUCAACGACAGACGCUGCACGGAGGAAGAUUGGAUCGACGACCCCAAUGCGAACGUGCGUCUUACACAGGAUAUGGACCCGGUGAAACGGGGCAAUAUGGUACGGCGGUUACCCGAAUCAUUCAAGCAGAAGUUGUACUUUCAGUAUCAAUCUCGAUUCGAAAUUCCCCGAGUCGAGUUCAACAAAAUGAUGAAGGAGAGCAGCGACAGCGACUCCGAAGUAGUGCGACGGAGGCAGGGCGGUCCAUUCGAGCAACGAAUCGCAGCUGAUGAGAACCUUAAGAAGGAAGUACAGGAGUCAAUAAUGAAGACGAUUCGUUGGCCAAGUACCGUUCAGACCAUCAAGGGUUUGUUUACUUCAGGGAUCAGCAGAACCUGGCGCUACUUGAGCGAAAAGCAAAGCAAGUACAGAACCUCGGGCCGGAAAGCUAGUGCUUCAGCCGAAGAGACGCCUUCGAAACAAGAAUAG